AUGGUAAUUGUGGUGGAAUGCUGGGAAUCCGCCGCUUUCGUGUGCGAUUUCCCAAUAACAACCCAAUCAGGGAUAGGGUACAGCGACUUCCAGACCAGUCGGAAUCACUGGCCACCUCCCCAAUUCGUAGAGCCGACUGGCUCGGCGUCACUAGGGGCGGCAUCGCGAGCCCUCUUCGUGGAGAAAGUGCGCUCGUCCAACGCAGCCUGCCAGGCGGGAGACUUCGCCACCGCCGUAGCCCUAUCUGCCGCACGGCUGAAGCAGGGUCAGUUUGCAGCGGCGCUACAAGAUGCAACUCGCGCCCGGGAGCUUUGCCCGAACUGGCCGAAAGCAUACUAUAGACAAGGUGUGGCUUUACAAUGCCUGGGCAGGCAUGGCGAAGCCCUCGCAGCAUUCAGCUCUGGCUUGGGUGUGGAGCCAUCGUCGAGACAACUUCUUGCCGCUUUGGUGGAAGCCUCUCUGAAAUCGCCGCUCAGAACUACCCUCGAGCCUACCUUUAGGCAGUUGGAGGCAAUGAAGUUGGACCAAUCGCCUUUCGUCUUAAUAUCGGUGAGCAAAUAGUUAUUGAUCUGUAAGCUUACUAUGGUUUAAUUCCUGCACGCGAAGCAUGAUGAAUUCGAUUAAUGUUUUGUCUACAUACAAGUCAUUUUUCUCGGGUGCCACACAAUAUCUCUCUCUUGAUCCGAGAAAGACGUUGACCAAUGCGAGGCUGGAUUAGCUAAUAUAUAAUAGUUCAUUGUCUAUAUUGACUUGACCGGGCCGCAGAAACGGCGAUAG